AUAUCCAAGGAGUCCCUAAUCUUUGUUCAUUUAGUUUUGUGCCCUGCAUAUACAACGAUGGCCGACCGCAAAACGGAAAGCGAACUGGAGCUCAAUCACUCCAAAAUGUCUCCCUCGCAGGAUGGUACAGCGAUGCCAGCACUAACGACUGUCCCUACAUCAAUUACCCUAACGACAGAGCAGUUUGAGAAACUGUACCUCACCCCGUUGAGACACCAUCAGCCAGCCCUAACCAAAACCUUCGGAAACCCUACUCCACUGGCCCUAGGUGGCUUCGUGGUGACAACCACACCACUGUCCUGUUGCUUGAUGGCCUGGCGAGGAGCCGGUGGGAAUGGAAUUGCGUUCACGGGACCCAUCAUCUUCCUCGGCGGAACAUUACUAGUCAUCACCAGUAUCCUGGAGUUUAUCCUAGGAAAUACCUUUCCCUGCGUUGUCUUCGGCACCAUUGGAGCCUUCUGGUUUGCCUUCGGCGCAACUCAAACUCCAGCAUUCAACGCCGCUGCCCCAUACUCCCCCUCAACAACAAACACAAUGCAAGGCCUCCAGAGCCCCGAAUUCCUCAAUACAUACGGUAUAUAACACCACCCAUCACCCAUCACCCUUUAAAUCCUCCCUCACUAAACCAACAUCCAACAACCCAGCAUUUCUCUUCAUCGCAAUGGCUGUCCUCGUCACUAUCUACAUGAUCUGCGCCACCCGCACAAACGCAGUCUACGUCCUCAUCUUCGCCUCCCUAAUUAUCGUUUUCGUCCUCCUAGCCGCCGCAUACUGGCGUCUUGCGGACGCGGACACGGUAACCGGGAACCGGUUGGUUGUUGUAUGUUUCCCUUCCUGAUCUUGGAUUGGGUUAGAUAUUAGGCUAAUGUACGUUGUUGAUACGUUGUUGAUAGGGAGCCGGUGCGGCACUUUUCGUGGCGAGCUUGUUAGGUUUCUAUUUGUUGGUUGUGCAGCUGUUCGAGGCGUUGGGGUUUCCAAUUACUUUGCCGGUGGGGGAUUUGAGUC